AAUGGCUUAAUGAAAUCUAGAGUAAUCCUUAAAAGAAUUAUACAUACUAUGCUUUUCUCGUCCUUAUUCCAGACUCCCUUCUCUGACUCCUAUUUCCCUCUUUUUUUUUCUUUAAUUUCCAAUCCCUGUAUCUGUUUCUCUAUUUCUCCCUCUCACUGUCUCUUUUCUCCUCGCUCCCACCUGCACCAUGGCUAUACACAAUAUUAAUAUAGACUUAGUAAACUAUAAAGGAAAUGUAAAAUUUGAUACUCCAUAUCUUUCUGGAAGAACUUCCAACAAGUUUUCUAGUUUCCAAAGACCCAUUUAAACAAAAUCAUCGAAACAAAAACUAGGGAGAGAGAAGAAGAAGAAGAAGAAGCAUCUAAUUUCUACCACAUUUCUGCUACCCUGCACAUUAUACAUUUGCCUAGUCAUAACCUGGAGAGAGAUAAUCUUAUCAGAGAUUUGAUGGUCAUCAAACUGCUUCUAAUAACAUCAGAAAGGCAAUGUACCAAGUUUUGUUUCAAGGAUUUCCAGUUUUUUUAUGGUUGCAUAUUGCAUAUUCAAAACAGAGAGAAACUUCUACGCUUCUAGUCAUGUUUCCAGAACCAUAACCAUCAAGGCUUUCCAUCAUGUGAAAACGUACUUCUAUGAAAUCCGGAGUGCACUAUAUACCUCAGCUAUGCUAAAGAACCAACUAAAAUGGGAUUUCAAGUUUCAACAGUUACAUUCUUCUCAAAAAGAGAGGUAAGCAAGUAAAAGCACUGAGCACAAUAAUACGUUCGGUUGUCCAUAUUUAUCAUUUAAAACUUUACGCUAUUGCUUUCAAAUAUAUAUGAUACAUGUUACACCACAACCAUUUUGAAUUUGAAAUGAGAAUUCAGAAUGAGGAAUCCUAUAUGCUGCAAAAUAUAAUAUUUUUGAAGUU